UGGACCAGCUGGUACGCCGUGACUUCGAAUCGCUUGACAAUAAUAGGAUUGUUAAAACAUUUAAAGGGGGAGUGAGCGUCUGGGUGCAUAACCGCACAUUACUGGAAAUUUUGUACAAACAAGCAUAAUUUAUAUUUCAAUACUUUUUUGGAGGUCUUUGAGUUAUAGAAAGAGAACCGGCCGUGCAUGGGUCAACGUCGGCAGGUAACCCCAUCUCCUGACCAUCCCACUGAGGCAGAAUGAGUUCUAAGGGGGGAGGAAGCACAGCUCUGACCCGACGAAACUACAGACUGGCCUCCGACACAGACAAGCCCAAAGUCACAGGUAUUGUGAAUGAGAAAUUACUGAGUGACUACCUACACCAUGUAUUUCCUGCCUCUCACCUUCCACGCCCCCCACUGGCUUCCCUCAGGAAACCUCUGGGCUUCCAGGACCUGGGGGCUCAUCUGGAGAGGCUGUUAACUGAGGGAGAGCCUACUGAGGACACCAGAGAUCAGCCAGUGGAUGGUUGUCUAGGUCCUCUGACCGUGGUCCUGGAUCACACCAGUGGCUUCGAGGGCCUCCUGUUUGUGGAUGAUGAUCUGCUGGGGGUCAUAGGUCAUAGCAAUUUCAGUUCCAUUAGAGCUACUACGUGUGUAUACAGAGGGAAAUGGGCGUACGAGGUGCUGAUCUCGUCACAGGGCCUGAUGCAGAUAGGAUGGUGCACUCUGAACUGCAGGUUCAACCAGGAGGAAGGUGUGGGUGACACUCCAGACUCGUACGCUUACGAUGGAAACCGAGUCAGGAAGUGGAACGUAACGACCACUAACUAUGGCAAGUCAUGGGCAGCUGGAGACAUAGUGAGCUGUUUGAUAGACCUUGACGAGGGAACCAUCACAUUCUGUCUGAAUGGCCAGUCCCUAGGCACAGCGUUCAGUAACAUUAAGAUGGGUCCAGGUGUAGCCUAUUUCCCUGCUAUCAGCCUGUCCUUUAAAGAGUCCGUGGCGUUCAACUUCGGCAGUCGCCCCCUCAGAUACCCUGUAGAGGGCUACCUGCCCCUCCAGAACCCUCCAACUGCAGACCUGCUCAGGGCUCACAAACUACUAGGUUAUAUCAAGACAGUCCUGUCUACCACCUUAGACACACAGGAGGAGAAGGUGCUGGUGAAAGACAGUGCUUGCUGGAGCCUACAUGGAGAACCCACCACCCUAGUGACUCUGGCGCACAUCUUUAACUACUUUGCCCCACUUAUGUGUAAGGUGUAUCUAGUAGAAGGUGUGCUGAUGAACUUCCUACUGGGUAUACUGGAGGGGGGCGGCUCAGUGGACGAACACCCUCUCAUCCAGCAGCUUCUGGACCUCUUCUGGCUUCUCAUGGAGGACUACGAGGUGAACGAGUGUCUGAAGCAGCUGAUGAUGUCACUGCUGAGAGCCUAUAGAUUCUCCCCCAUCAUCCCAGACUUGGGCUUCCAGAUUCACUACCUUCGUUUGACGACAGCUAUUCUGCGCCAUGAGAAGUCCAGGAAGUAUCUCCUCAGCAACGUUCUGUUUGAUGUUUUGCGCUCAGUGGUGUUCUUCUACAUUAAGACUCCUCUGAGGGUGAAGGAGGCGGGACUAGAGGAACUCAUCCCCACCACCUGGUGGCCCACACGCUUCGACAAAGAGGGAAAGGAGUCUAAAGAUGAGAGUGCAGAGGAGAGGCUGAGGCGCCGGGCCUACGAGAGAGGCUGUCAGAGGCUUAAGAAGAGGAUCGAGGUGGUGGAGGAGUUGCAGGUUCAGAUCCUGAAGUUGAUGCUUAACAACAAGGACAAAGGAACGGGGGAAGCAUCGCGGUACAUAUUCCUGAAUAAGUUCAGGAAGUUUCUACAGGAGAACGCCAGCAACAGAGGGCACCCCACAGCUCUGUGUCCUCCAGAAUACAUGGUUUGUUUCCUGCAUCGUCUCAUCACGGCCGUAAGGAGCUACUGGGACGAAGGGAAGAUGAAGAACCCUGGCUGCGUCAGCAGCGACGAGGCCUAUGUUCCGCCUCAGCUCUUCUACAAUGGGAAGGUGGACUACUUUGACCUGCAGCGACUUGGAGGUCUUCUCUCUCAUCUGAAGAAAACCCUCAAAGAUGACCUGGCCUCCAAAGCCAACAUCCUCAUGGACCCAGCGGAGAUCCAGGCUACCUCCAUGGAUGAUUUGGAUGAGGAGGAGGAGAGUGGCUCAGCUCAGAGGCCUUUUGGAGCAGUGGCUAUGGGCGGUGCCCUGGCCAGACCCAGCUGGCUCAGUUCUCCCACGCUGGGCCGAGCCAAUCGUUUUCUGAGUACUGCUGCGGUCAGCCUCAUGACUCCCAGGCGACCCCUGGCACCCCCGGAGAAAGUUAAAGUUCGCACCCUGGCCGUGGAGCAGAGGACGGAGGAGGACAUCGAGGGAAGCCAUGGUAACGAUGGCCUGUUGCUGGGGCGACCGUUGGAAGAGCCCGACCAUCCAAUCACAGAGAAGUCUCUGCUGGAGAUUUUGGAUGGGAUUGUGAUGAUGUACAACCUGAGUGUUCAUCAACAGCUGGGCAAGAUGGUGGUGGUGUCAGAUGACGUCCAUGAAUACGCUGUGGCUCUGAAGGACACAGAGGAGAAGAUAGCACGCUGUCCAGCAAGAAGACCAGACAUCUUGGAGGAGCUGCAGAAGAGUCAGAAGGUAUUUGCUGAGAAGCUGAAUCACCUGAGUAGGAGACUGGCCUGGAUCAACGCUACCAUCUACUGUAAGGAUAAGAUGCUGGAUGUGUACUGGCUACUGAGGGUGUGUAUACUCACCAUCCAGCACGCUGACAACACAGGAACGUUGUUCGCCUUCGCCCCAGAGUUUUACCUCAACGUAGCCAUGAACAGCUACAGCUCUCUCAAGAACUACUUCAGCCCCUCCAACUGCAUGGACCAACUGCCAGGCUACGAGGACACCCUCACUCAACUCGCUGCUAUCCUCGCUAAGCACUUUGCUGACCCGCGCAUCGUUGGAACAGACAUCAAAGACUCCCUCAUGCAGGCUCUGGCCAGUUACGUGUGUUACCCACAAUCCCUCAGAGCCGUGGAGAGGAUCCCAGAGGAACAACGUGUGUCCAUGAUGAGAAACCUGCUGGCCCCGUAUGAACAGAGGCCCUGGGCUCAAACUAACUGGAUCCUGGUGCGCCUGUGGAGGGGUUGUGGGUUUGGGUACAGGUACACACGGCUGCCUCAUUUGCUCAAAACCAAACCAGAGGAUACCAACCUUCCCAGUCUGCAGAAGCCGUGCCCGUCCCUCCUGCUGCAGAGACACAUGGCGGAGCUGCUCUCUCUGGAUAAAGACAUGGCCGCCUCCUUCCUCAAUUCUGUUCUCAACCAGCUCAACUGGGCCUUUUCAGAGUUUAUAGGCAUGAUCCAGGAGAUUCAGCAGGCAGCUGAACGUCCUGAGCGUAACUUUGUGGACACAAGGCAGCUCAAGGUGUGCGCUACGUGUUUCGACCUUUCGGUCAGCCUGCUGCGGGUCCUAGAGAUGACAGUCACCCUGGUCCCACAGAUCUUCCUCGACUGGACACGCCCCUCCGCUGAACUGCUGCUCAGACGAUUGGCUCAGCUUCUGAACCAGGUGUUAAACAGAGUGACCGCAGAGAGGAACCUCUUCGACCGUGUGGUCAACCUCCGUCUCCCAGGCCUAGAGAGCGUCGACCACUAUCCCAUCCUAGUGGCUGUAACAGGGAUUCUGGUGAGAAUCCUGGUGGACUGUGAGAGACAAGGGGUGUCGCGUGCGGCUUCAGUGCUGUUGUCGGAUCCGUGCUUUCAGCUGCACUCCAUCCAGCACCUCCUGGGGGAAGGAGAGACCUCUCCGGCUGCUGCAGUGCUCCCCCAAACCCCCACAGUACACCCAGGAGACCCUGCUGCAGCCCCCGCAGAACGUAAACACUUCUCCCUGCACGCCUACACAGACUACAUCCACGAGGAGGAAGAGCAGAAGGUGGAACAGAUGUUAGCCUUCCUGACUAUAGAGUCCAAGCAGGCGGCAGCCAGUACAGCACCCACCAGUGAGGAAGACCUGUGUCCUAUCUGCUAUGCACACUCCAUCUCUGCUGUCUUCAAACCCUGCUCUCACAAGUCCUGCAAAGCGUGUAUAAAUCAGCACCUGAUGAACAACAAGGACUGUUUCUUCUGCAAGGCCACCAUCACUGGAGUGGAGGACUACAGCAAGCCAUCUUAACACCUCAUACACACGCACACACACACUAGGCUCGGACAACAGCAACCACGUUGAACACACACCUGAGAGACCCUAGAUGCACUCUCUCACACAGAGCAUACAGGUACACACACACAGACACACACACGCGCGCUACCACUCACCUCAUCAAGCACAAUGUUCCCUCACUUUGCCCCCUGACAUGUUGGAAACUCUCCAUAUUGAUCACCAGACCAGAAGGUCUAGCCAGAAAACAGACAGGAACAGACACUUCUACUCCACCAGCGUUGUUACUCCGACAGCUCCCCAGAUAACUCCCCUCUCUCCUCCCUUCACCUGUUAAAUGUCUCCCCCCUCUCCUCCCUUCACCUGUUAAAUGACUCCCCUCUCUCCUCCCUCUCUCCUCCCUUCACCUGUUAAAUGACUCCCCUCUCUCCUCCCUUCACCUGUUAAAUGUCUCCCCCCUCUCCUCCCUUCACCUGUUAAAUGACUCCCCUCUCUCCUCCCUUCACCUGUUAAAUGACUCCCCUCUCUCCUCCCUCUCUCCUCCCUUCACCUGUUAAAUGACUCCCCUCUCUCCUCCCUUCACCUGUUAAAUGACUCCCAUGUCUCCCCCUCUCUCCUCCCUUCACCUGUUAAAUGACUCCCAUGUCUCUCCCCCUCUCUCCUCCCUUCACCUGAUAAAUGACUCCCAUGUCUCCCCCUCUCUCCUCCCUUCACCUGUUAAAUGACUCCCAUGUCUCUCCCCCUCUCUCCUCCCUUCACCUGAUAAAUGACUCCCAUGUCUCCCCCCUCUCUCCUCCCUUCACCUGUUAAAUGACUCCCAUGUCUCCCCCCUCUCUCCUCCCUUCAUCUGUUAAAGGACUCCCCUCUCUCCUCCCUUCACCUGUUAAAUGACUCCUAUGUCUCCCCCCUCUCUCCUCCCUUCACCUGUUAAAGGACUCCCCUCUCUCCUCCCUUCACCUGUUAAAUGACUCCCAUGUCUCCCCCCUCUCUCCUCCCUUCACCUGUUAAAUGACUCCCAUGUCUCCCCCCUCUCUCCUCCCUCUCUCCUCCUUUCACCUGUUAAAUUACUCCCAUGUCUCUCCCCCCUCUCUCCUCCCUUCACCUGUUAAAUGACUCCCAUGUCUCCCCCCUCUCUCCUCCCUCUCUCCUCUCUUCACCUGUUAAAUGACUCCCAUGUCUCUCUCCUCCCUUCACCUGUUAAAUGACUCCCAUGUCUCCUCCCUCUCUCCUCCCCCUCUCCUCCCUUCACCUGUUAAAUGUCUCCCCCUCUCUCCUCCCUUCACCUGUUAAAUGUCUCCCAUGUCUCUCCCCUCUCGCCUCCCUUCACCUGAUAAAUGACUCCCAUGUCUCUCCCCCCUCUCCUCCCUUCACCUGUUAAAUGUCUCCCAUGUCUCUCCCCUCUCGCCUCCCUUCACCUGUUAAAUGUCUCCCAUGUCUCUCCCCUCUCGCCUCCCUUCACCUGUUAAAUGUCUCCCAUGUCUCUCCCCUCUCGCCUCCCUUCACCUGUUAAAUGUCUCCCAUGUCUCUCUCCUCCCUUCACCUGAUAAAUGACUCCCAUGUCUCUCCCCCCUCUCCUCCCUUCACCUGUUAAAUGACUCCCAUGUCUCUCUCCUCCCUUCACCUGUUAAAUGACUCCCUUGUCUCUCCCCCCUCUCCUCCCUUCACCUGUUAAAUGACUCCCUUGGGCUCCCCUCUCGCCUCCCUUCACCUGUUAAAUGACUCCCAUGUCCCCCCCCCUCUCCUCCCUUCACCUGUUAAAUGACUCCCAUGUCUCCCCCCCCUCUCCUCCCUUCACCUGUUAAAUGACUCCCAUGUCUCUCCCCCCUCUCCUCCCUUCACCUGUUAAAUGACUCCCUUGUCUCUCCCCCCUCUCCUCCCUUCACCUGAUAAAUGACUCCCAUGUCUCUCUCCUCCCUUCACCUGUUAAAUGACUCCCUUGUCUCUCCCCUCUCGCCUCCCUUCACCUGUUAAAUGACUCCCAUGUCUCUCUCCUCCCUUCACCUGUUAAAUGACUCCCUUGUCUCUCCCCCCUCUCCUCCCUUCACCUGUUAAAUGACUCCCUUGUCUCUCCCCCCUCUCCUCCCUUCACCUGUUAAAUGACUCCCAUGUCCCCCCCCCUCUCCUCCCUUCACCUGUUAAAUGACUCCCAUGUCUCCCCCCCCUCUCCUCCCUUCACCUGUUAAAUGACUCCCAUGUCUCUCUCCUCCCUUCACCUGUUAAAUGACUCCCUUGUCUCUCCCCCCUCUCCUCCCUUCACCUGUUAAAUGACUCCCAUGUCUCCCCCUCUCUCCUCCCUUCACCUGUUAGAUGACUCCCAUGUCUCCCCCCUCUCUCCUCCCUUCACCUGUUAAAUGACUCCCAUGUCUCCCCCCUCUCUCCUUCCUUCACCUGAUAAAUGACUCCCCUCUCUCCUCCCUCUCUCCUCCCUUCACCUGUUAAAGAACUCCCUUCUCUCCUCCCUUCACAUGUUAAAUGACUCCCAUGUCUCUCCCCUCUCUCCUCCCUUCGCCUGUUAAAUGACUCCCAUGUCUCUCUCCUCCCUUCACCUGUUAAAUGACUCCCAUGUCUCUCUCCUCCCUUCACCUGUUAAAUGACUCCCUUGUCUCUCCCCCCUCUCCUCCCUUCACCUGUUAAAUGACUCCCCUCUCUCCUCCCUUCACCUGUUAAAUGACUCCCAUGUCUCCCCCUCUCUCCUUCCUUCACCUGAUAAAUGACUACCCUCUCUCCUCCCUUCACCUGUUAAAGGACUCCCCUCUCUCCUCCCUUCACCUGUUAAAGGACUCUCCUCUCUCCUUCCUUCACCUGAUAAAUGACUACCCUCUCUCCUCCCUUCACCUGUUAAAGGACUCCCCUCUCUCCUCCCUUCACCUGUUAAAGGACUCCCCUCUCUCCUCCCUCUCUCCUCCCUUCACCUGUUAAAGGACUCCCCUCUCUCCUCCCUUCACCUGUUAAAGGACUCCCCUCUCUCCUCCCUCUCUCCUCCCUUCACCUGUUAAAGGACUCCCCUCUCUCCUCCCUUCACCUGUUAAAGGACUCCCCUCUCUCCUCCCUUCACCUGUUAAAGGACUCCCCUCUCUCCUCCCUUCACCUGUUAAAGGACUCCCCUCUCUCCUCCCUUCACAUGUUAAAUGACUCCCAUGUCUCUCCCCUCUCUCCUCCCUCUCUCCUCCCUUCACCUGUUAAAUGACUCCCAUGUCUCCCCCCUCUCUCCUCCCUUCACCUGUUAAAUAACUCCCCUCUCUCCUCCCUUCACCUGUUAGAUGACUCCCAUGUCAAUCCUCCUCUCUCCUCCCUUCACCUGUUACAGAUAACAAAAAUGAUAUAGUGAGUUCACUUUCUGGUUCUCCUCAAGGCUUAAACUUUUGCCUCUCGAUCCACUCAGAUAUCCAAAUCCAAGUGGUUUUCUGUUCCUGCAGUUUGCUUGUUAUCUUAUUACAGGACUUUAUCAGCCAAUAAAAAUACAAAUAUCUUAUAACACAGUUGAUAUCCAUAUUAUAAAAGACAGCUGUAGGAUUGAUGGGUAACCUCUGAUACAGGUGAGGUGUUAGUUUGGACAGGACAGAAGACAGUGGUCUCUCCCUCUCUCUCUCUCUCUCUCUCUCUCUCUCUCUCUCUCUCUCUCUCUCUCUCUCUCUCUCUCUCUCUCUCUCUGUCUCACUCUCUGUCUCUCUCUCUCUCUCUCUCUCUCUCUCUCUGUCUCUGUCUCUGUCUCUGUCUCUGUCUCUGUCUCACUCUCUCUCUCUCUCUGUCUCUCUGUCUCUCUGUCUCUCUGUCUCUCUGUCUCUCUCACUCUCUGUCUCUCUGUCUCUCUCACUCUCUGUCUCUCUCACUCUCUGUCUCUCUCACUCUCUGUCUCUCUCUCAGUCUCUAUGUCUCUCUCUCUGUCUCUCACUCUCUGUCUCUGUCUCUGUCUCUCUCUCUGUCUCUUCAUCAAAACACAACAUCCAAUCACGUUGUCCCUGCCUGGAUACCUUUAGAUAUGAGUUAUAUAUACGCCUGCAUCCCAAAUAGCACCUUACUCCCUUUAUAGUGCACUACUUUUGAACAGAGACCUAUGAGCCAUUUGGGAAGCGGACUGUGUGUUCUCUCUCACCUGAGGUGUGUGUGUUCUGUCUCACCUGAUGGGUGUGUGUGUGUAUUCUGUCUCACAUGAGGUGUGUGUGUAUUCUGUCUCACAUGAGGUGUGUGUGUGUUCUGUCUCACCUGAGGUGUGUGUGUGUGUGUGUUCUGUCUCACCUGAGGGGUGUGUGUGUGUUCUGUCUCACCUGAGGGGUGUGUGUGUGUUCUGUCUCACCUGAGGUGUGUGUGUGUGUGUUCUGUCUCACCAGAGGGGUGUGUGUGUGUUCUGUCUCACCUGAGGUGUGUGUGUGUGUGUGUGUGUGUGUGUGUGUGUGUGUGUGUGUGUGUGUGUGUGUGUGUGUGUGUGUGUGUGUGUGUGUGUGUUCUGUCUCACCUGAGGGGUGUGUGUGUGUGUUCUGUCUCACCUGAGGGGUGUGUGUGUGUGUUCUGUCUCACCUGAGGUGUGUGUGUGUGUUCUGUCUCACCAGAGGUGUGAGUUCUGUCUCACCAGAGGUGUGUGUGUGUGUGUUCUGUCUCACCUGAGGGGUGUGUGUGUGUUCUGUCUCACCAGAGGUGUGUGUGUGUGUUCUGUCUCACCAGAGGUGUGUGCUCUGUCUCACCUGAGGUGUGUGUGUGUGUGUUCUGUCUCACCUGAGGGGUGUAUGUGUGUUCUGUCUCACCAGAGGUGUGUGUGUGUGUUCUGUCUCACCAGAGGUGUGUGUUCUGUCUCACCUGAGGGGUGUGGGUGUGUGUUCUGUCUCACCUGAGGGGUGUGUGUGUGUUCUGUCUCACCAGAGGGGUGUGUGUGUGUUCUGUCUCACCUGAGGUGUGUGUGUGUGUUCUGUCUCACCUGAGGGGUGUGUGUGUGUUCUGUCUCACCAGAGGGGUGUGUGUGUGUUCUGUCUCACCAGAGGGGUGUGUGUGUGUUCUGUCUCACCAGAGGGGUGUGUGUGUGUUCUGUCUCACCAGAGGGGUGUGUGUGUGUUCUGUCUCACCAGAGGGGUGUGUGUGUGUUCUGUCUCACCAGAGGGGUGUGUGUGUGUUCUGUCUCACCAGAGGGGUGUGUGUGUGUUCUGUCUCACCAGAGGGGUGUGUGUGUGUUCUGUCUCACCAGAGGGGUGUGUGUGUGUUCUGUCUCACCAGAGGGGUGUGUGUGUGUUCUGUCUCACCAGAGGGGUGUGUGUGUGUUCUGUCUCACCAGAGGGGUGUGUGUGUGUGUGUGUUCUGUCUCACCAGAGGGGUGUGUUCUGUCUCACCAGAGGGGUGUGUGUUCUGUCUCACCUGAGAUGUGUGUUGGUGUUCUGUCCUUUCUGUCACACCUACCUGUCCGCCAUGAUCCAUUGUGGACACCUGAACAUUCGUCUCUAUGACAAGUGUCUUUCAGAAGUCCUCUGGCUACGUUUACACAGGCAGCCCAGUUCUGAUCUUUUGCUACCUAAUUGAUAUUUUGCCAAUUAUUGGGUAAAAGAUAAGAAUUGGACUACCAGCGUAAAUGAUGUAGCGUUCGCUCCACCGCGGUAGGACGUCUCUCCUCCCCCUCUCCUCCCAUCAUUGCCUUGCCAUACCACCAAAUACAUGGACUGUCCAGAGAGAAGAUCAAGGUUUGGGAUGUUUAUGGAAGGCCUACAGGAAUCUAUAUGUGAUCCGAUAGGAUCUAAGUGGAUAUGAGGUCUGCAUGACACUAUACACUUGGGACACAUAUUGACAUAUUAACAUAUUUAUUAGUUAUCAUAUUGGUGUGUGUUGUUGUGUGUUUCAGGUGUGUCUUAGUGUGUAAGAGGUGCCCAGGUUUAGGCUAUACUGCUGUGCUAGCCAAGGGAUUUUUAGGUUGUAUAAGCAAUAUUAAAUAUGAACAGUUUUUUGUUUUUUUGGUGUGUAUUUUUGGAAGUGGAAGGGAGGAAAUGGAGAGGCGUAUUGCUUUUUAUUUCUCCUUGGUGACUGAGAGUGCACAUAUAUUGAUGGUGUAACAGCAGUAAAUUAUUUAUCCUAAA